AUCCAUUUUUCAGGGUGGCAUGCAAGUCAUGGGACACACUUUUAGAAUAAAUCGUACAACAAAAUACAGCAUUUCUUUCAUCAGCCCACAAAGCAAAAACAGAGCAACCCAGAAAUUGAAAGUCUCUGUUUUCCAAUUCAUUCAUAUCAUGCUAAUAUCCCCAAUCCUACUGAAUUCUCCAUUUGCCAGUUGAGGCAAGUUUUUCUCUUUCCUUCAAUUUAUGGGUUUGGUUAUGUGAUCCAUUGAAGUUCAGCUGUGGCAUUGUCUCUGUUCUUUGACCAAUAUUUCUGCACAUUUCUUGUUUCCAACUUUCUCCAUCUAUUCUAGAAUAAAUACAAUUUCUUGAAAAUUUGACAGACCAAAUCGAAGAUGGCGCCAGGAGUUGGAUUCUACGACAGGAAAUUCGAGGCGCUUCGCCAGAAAGAUGAGGCAGAGGAGAUGAUCAAAAUCGGAGAUUACGCCGGAGCCCGGAACAAGUUACUAAAAUCCCAGGAAUUUUUUCACCUGGAUCACAUUGUUUCGAUGCAAUCUGUUUGUGACAUCUUAUCAGCUUACAUUAACCACAUUCCUGGCUGUGAUAUUGACUACUACAGAAUCCUUCGUCUCAAUGCUUCAUCCACCACUCAGGACAUAAAUCUUCAGUACAAUAAAUUUGUAACCUUGCUUCAACCUAUAAAGGGUUCAUUUCCAGGCACGGAAUUAGCUCUUCAAUUCGUCGAAAAGGCCUUUUCAGUCCUCUCAAAUGAUGUGGAUCGCGCUGAUUUUGAUUCGCGCCGGAUGAAAGCAUGGUCUUUACCUGAUGAUUGUAUAGAAACUGUUGGAAAAAGGGGCGAUUUGAGUUUGGAAAUGAAUCAUCAUCAUGGAUUGAGUUCUAAAGCCAUUGUCUUGUGUCCUACUGCUGAUAAUGUUGUAUCUGAAGUGGAUAUGGAUAUUGAGGUUAUUGAUGUUGAUAACCCUCCAACAAUCAAUCAGCUGAAGAAUGCUUCAAAAGCUGAUCCUUUGUCAGUCAAAAAAGUGGUAAAAAAUCAGGAUUUCUACAACUUUGAUGAUGACAGAAAAAUAGAAGAAAUGGAAGAAGGCCAAAUAUGGGCUACUCGGUAUCAGUCGAAUGAUCGCGAAUAUUGCAGGUAUGCUCAGAUUCUGACCAUUUCCAUUACUGGAGUUACUGUAAUGAGGCUGAAGCCGGUUCCGGUUAGUGAUCGUCAGAGGAGAUGGUGCGAAGCCGGACUACCUGUUGCUUGCGGCUCUUUCUCACUGGAUGCUGCUGCUGAUUCAGGCACGAUGAUGAUCUCCCCUGUGGAGUUGUCUCACAAAUGCAAUUGGCAGCCGGCCUUGACGCCGGAGCAGUUUAGUAUUUACCCAAGGAAAGGUGAGGUUUGGGCAGUUUAUGAAGACUGGAACUUGGAGAUAUGGUCAAAUAAUCCAGGAGCUACCAAGAGUUGCAGGUAUAAGUUGGUUGAAGUUCUCUCAGAUUUAUCAAAAGAGACAGGAUUAGGCUGUGCUUGUUUGGAGAAAGUUCAGGGAUUCAGGAGCAUUUUCAGAAGACAGCAAAGUUGCAUUAUAAACGUCUCCCCAAGCAUGUUAUAUUCACUGAGCCAUAGAAUUCCAGCAAUUAGGCUAACUGGUAAGGAGAUUGAUGGAGUUGAUAGUACAAUGUUGGAACUUGACCUUGUAGCUGUGCCAAGUGAUAUGAUCACACAGGCAGAUGUUAGGAGAGAGUUGAAGGAUAUGAUCUCAGCUGCUGCUAAAUCACACUCAGUGGCAAUCUCCAAGACUAAGAAUUCUGAAAGUUCAAAUCUUGUAAACCUAGAAGCAAGUUCCUCCCAUGUCAACGCUUUUCGGGUUUUUGGUAAUCCUAAACUGCUGAAUGACAUUUCGACAGGUCAGGUGUGGGCUACUUAUUGGGGAAAACAUUCAAUGCCUCGCCGGUAUGUGCUCAUACAGGAAGUGGUUUCGAGAACCCAGCUACGCGUUGCGAUUCUGGAACCUGAGCCGACUAGAGCAUUGGAGUUUGGUUGGAAAAGAAGGAAUUUACCAAUAACAUGUGGUAAAUUUAGAGCUGGAAGAAGUACUCUCAAUCUGGAGAAGUUGCAGUUAUCACAUUCGGUUAGGUUUGAGAAGUACAUGUCCGUUUACAAGAUUGAUCCAGCAAAAGGAGAGAUUUGGGCAAUGUAUGAAAACUGGAACUGCAAAUGGGAGGUAUCUGAUCUGGAAAAAAGCCAGUAUUGGAUAGUUGAGAUUUUAUCAGAAUUCUCAGAAGAAAGUAAGAGGAUCAUGGUGGCUAGAUUGAAGGAGGUAGAGGGCUGCUUAACUUUCUUUCAGAGACUCCAAUCAGAUGGAUUCAGCCUAAUUAGUGAGAUUCCCAAAACUGAGAUUCUCAGGUUUUCCCAUAGGAUUUCCUUCUGCAAAGUCCCUGGGAUUAGUGAUCACGGCAUUCCUGAGAACGCUUACCAUUUAGAACCUACUGAUUUGCCUCCCAAAAGGAGUAAACUGAUAUGA